CUAGUUUUGCUUUUGCUGUUUGUCUGAUCAAGUACAAAGUCUUGUGUUUUGUGCGUGCCGGAGUUAAUUUCAGACUUUUUGUCAUUUUCCACGUAUUUCGCGACCAACUUCAAGACAGUGAGUAAGCGGGCCUUGACGAAGCGCGAAUGUCGCUUUCUAGUAAUUGAAGAUUAUUUCUUCUGAAUUUUAAACGCAAAGCAAAAUUCUGGCAAAAUUGUGCGCGUUCGUGCCCGAUGUCUAGUGCUGAAGUCGCCGAUAAUUCCGUUGACCCCCCGGCGAAAAAGCGGAAACUAAAUACAGGAGAAUCACGUUCCAACAACUCGGCAAUGGCGAACAAUGGGACGCGUGUAGACGAUGAGAUCGACGAGAGUCUGUAUUCCCGGCAGCUGUACGUGCUGGGGCACGAUGCCAUGCGGCGGAUGGCCAGUUCCGAUGUCCUUAUUUCAGGGCUCGGGGGUCUCGGUGUGGAAAUAGCGAAAAACGUGAUCCUUGGCGGUGUGAAAUCGGUAACUCUUCACGAUGAGCGAUCUUGCACGAUCGCUGAUUUGUCAUCGCAGUUUUACUUGUCCGAUAGCUCGGUCGGUCAGAACAGGGCUCUUGCGUCGUGCGAACAGCUGUCUGAACUAAACCACUAUGUGCCUACUACUGCGUAUACCGGCCCGCUCACCGAAGACUUUCUGCGAAAGUUUCGCGUGGUUGUCCUCACUGGUGCUACCUGGGCAGAGCAGGAGCGCAUUUCAGCGCUCACGCAUGCCAAUAACAUUGCUCUUAUCAUAGCAGACACCAGAGGCCUGUUCUCCAGGGUGUUCUGUGACUUCGGACCUGAGUUUACAGUUGUAGAUGUGACUGGAGAGAACCCGGUGUCAGCCAUGAUAGCUGACAUCUCACACGAGUAUGAAGCAGUUGUCACUUGUUUGGAUGAUACCCGCCAUGGCUUGGAGGAUGGUGACUAUGUCACUUUCAGUGAGGUACAAGGAAUGACAGAACUCAAUGGCUGUGAGCCCCACAAAAUUAAAGUCCUGGGUCCAUACACCUUCAGUAUUGGUGAUACCACUACAUUCUCGAAGUAUGUCCGAGGUGGUAUUGUCACACAGGUGAAGAUGCCCAAGAAGAUUGAGUUCAAGCCUUUUAAGGAGUCAUUUGCUAACCCAGAGUUCCUCAUUGCUGACUUUGGAAAGUUUGACUACCCUCAGCAACUCCAUGUUGCAUUUGCUGCCCUCUACAAGUUUGAGGAGUCAGAGGGCCGCCUGCCCAAGCCCUGGAGUGAUGCCGAUGCUGCCAAGUUCAUGGAUUAUGUUAAGGUUAUUGAUGUCUUCAAAAACGGAGAGAUGGAGUUGAACUGUGAGCUUUUGAAUACUUUCUGCAAGGUAUCUGCUGGAGACCUGAACCCCAUGAAUGCAUCUAUUGGUGGAGUGGUAGCCCAAGAGGUGAUGAAGGCCUGUUCUGGCAAGUUCCACCCCAUCCUGCAGUGGCUGUACCUAGAUGCUAUUGAGUGCCUUCCUAAAGAACGCAAAGACCUCACUGAGGACAACUGCAAGCCAGUUGGCUCGAGAUAUGAUGGUCAAGUGGCUGUCUUUGGCAAGCACUUCCAGAAGAGACUUGGUGACCUCAAGUAUUUCAUUGUUGGUGCCGGUGCUAUUGGUUGCGAGCUGCUGAAGAACUUCGCGAUGAUCGGCGUGGGUGCGGGCGAGGGCCAGCUCACCGUUACCGACAUGGACUUCAUCGAGAAGUCCAACCUCAACCGACAGUUCCUGUUCCGGCCCUACGAUGUGCAGAAGCCUAAGUCCAGCACUGCUGCUAAGGUCAUCAAGCGCAUGAACCCCUCUAUCAACGUGGUUGCGCAAGAGAACCGCGUGUGCCCCGAAACUGAGUCCGUGUACGAUGACGCGUUCUUCGAGGCUCUGGACGGCGUUGCUAAUGCUCUGGACAACGUGGACGCGCGUAUCUACAUGGACCGCCGCUGUGUGUACUACAGGAAGCCGCUGCUGGAAAGUGGUACCUUAGGCACUAAGGGCAACACUCAGGUGGUAGUCCCAUUCCUGACAGAGUCGUACAGUUCAUCUCAAGAUCCCCCAGAGAAGAGCAUCCCCAUCUGCACCCUGAAGAACUUCCCGAACGCGAUCGAGCACACGCUGCAGUGGGCACGCGACGAGUUUGAGGGUCUGUUCCGCCAGGCCGCAGAGCAUGCCGCGCAGUACCUGCGGGACCCGCACUUCCUGGACCGGACCUUGAAGCUGCCCGGCAGCCAGCCGCUCGAUGCUAUUGAGAGCGUCAGGAAUGCGAUCAACGAGCGGCCGCUGAGCUUCGACGACUGCGUGACGUGGGCGCGGCUGCACUGGGAGGCGCAGUACGCUAACCAGAUCAAGCAGCUGCUGUACAACUUCCCGCCCUACAUGCCCACCGUCAGCGGGGCGCCCUUCUGGUCCGGGCCCAAGCGUUGCCCCUCGCCGCUUGAAUUCGACCCUAACGAUGACCUGCAUCUCGACUACAUAGUGGCCGCCGCCAACCUCAGGGCUAACGUCUACGGUCUGCCGCCCUUCACCGACAGGGAGAAGAUUGCGCAGGUCGCACUUACUGUUCAGGUACCAGAAUACAGACCCAAAUCUGGAGUUAAAAUCGCAGUGACAGACGCACAGCUACAACAGAAUAACGACGAUAUGGACCACGAUAAAGUAAAGAACAUAAUCGCAGAGCUGCCCUCACCCGCCAAGCUCGGCAACCUCAAGAUCACGCCGCUGGACUUCGAGAAGGAUGACGACACCAACUUCCACAUGGACUUCAUCGUCGCCGCCUCCAACCUCCGCGCCGCCAACUACAAGAUUCCGCCCGCGGACAGGCAUCGCUCCAAGCUGAUUGCCGGCAAGAUCAUCCCCGCCAUCGCCACUACCACCUCGGUAGUCGCUGGCUUCGUCUGCCUCGAGCUCUACAAGCUCGCGCAGGGAUUCAACACCCUUGACGUGUUCAAGAAUGGAUUCGUAAACCUUGCCUUACCCUUCUUCGGUUUCUCAGAACCCAUCGCAGCCCCGACAAAUACUUAUUAUGAUAAGAAAUGGACACUCUGGGACCGCUUCGAGGUCAAGGGUGAAGUGACACUCCAACAGUUCUUAGAUUACUUCAAAAACGAACACAAACUGGAGAUCACGAUGUUGUCGCAGGGCGUGUGCAUGCUGUACUCGUUCUUCAUGCCCAAGGCGAAGCGCCAGGAGCGACUGAACUUGCCGAUGUCGGAGGUGGUGAUGAAGGUGUCCAAGAAAAAGCUGGAGCCGCAUGUGAAGGCGCUGGUGUUCGAGCUGUGCUGCAACGACGAGGACGGCAACGACGUGGAGGUGCCCUACGUGAAGUACACGCUGCCCCAGUGCGCGGGGACCAGCCAAGUGUGCUAAGCGGGAACAGUUAGAGCAUAAUAGUUACCAUGUUCGGAGAUGGUUGGUAUCACAUCGGGGCCCGAGGAGACCGCUCGUGAGUGCCUGUGUCUGUGUCGGCCGACGGACGAGAUGUACAGAUAGUGUUAACAUGUGUGACGUUUACUUUGUGCUUCUGAACACGCUUUUGUCUACUUAUUGAUUCAUAUAUUUAUAGUAGUUUAUAAUUGUUUGCUCACGUCUCAUCAAACGCGCUAGCAUUUAUUCUUUUUUAUUUGUCUCGUGAUACCACAAUAGUUUUUACACCAAAUUUAUUGGAUAUUUUUAAAGUUGAAAUCAGAUGGGUCUGUAUAUGGAAAGAAAUAAAUAAAAUUUUGAGCA